ACCCUCACGAAGUUUCCUUCCUUUUUCCUUUAAAUUUCGUUAUCCCCUUCUUUCUUUUCUUCCCAAUUAUCAUUAUUAAAUUUCCCUUCUUUUUUUUUUCUCUCCCUUAUUCGUCGCCGCCAAUGGCCGACGACGACGACGAUGGCACCCUCUUCUCUCCGCCGUCCUACAGACGCUACGCUCUCAGCGGCAAAAUCAUGCUCGGCGCAAUCAUUUUAUUAUUAUUUGUCGUCAUCCUCAUGAUUUGUCUUCAUCUCUACGUUCGAUUGUUCCUACUCUCCUCCUCCACCCACCGGCCAUCCCGCAGCCGCAUCCGCCGCCGUCGACGCCGAGAACACUUUGUUUUCACUGCCGAGCCUCGAAUCGCCGCCGCUGGUGCUCCAUCGCGUGGUUUGCCGCAGUCGAUUCUCAAGUCCCUACCCGUUUUCGUUCACUUGGCGAAAACCGACCCGGAUCCGAUUUAUUGUGCGGUUUGUUUAUCGGAAUUCGAAGAGAACGAAAUCGGGCGGAGUAUUCCGAAAUGCAACCAUAGGUUCCACGUUGGGUGUAUUGAUAUGUGGUUUUAUUCGCACGUGACUUGCCCGCUUUGUAGAUCGGAGGUGAAACCCGAACCCGGAUGUGGAUCCGGGCCGUGUGGGGAGAUUGUCAUUGAUGUUAGUGAAGUGGGUUCGAGAUCUGGUGAGGAAGAAAGGGAUGGUGGGUGUCCGGUUGAGAUGGCGGCGUCGGUGGAGGUGGUGGAGGAUGAGUCGAGGCAUGUGAACGACAUGUCGGAUGAUGGGACGUCGCGGGCAACGGUGAAUUUUGUGAAGUCGUUGUCCGUGAAGGAGGAAAUAGAGGCAGCGGGUUCGGAAAGAUAACGGGACGGGGUUGGAGUCGUAAAUAUUUCUUUUGUGUACACUCAAAAUACAAAUACGAACUUUUCUUUUUUGUUUAAUUGCAAAUGUAGUCCUUAAAAUUUUUAUAUAUAUAUAAUUUUAUUUUUAAAAAGUUAGAA